AUGCCCAACUACGUCAUCUAUCCCAAACGCAAAGCCACCGAAGAACAGGUGCAGAAACAAGAUGUCCUUGACACGGGUGGCAGACUCGGGCCCGAGGACUCCUUGACCGGUGGUAUUUGCAUUACUUUUGACUACGAUGAGGAUAUUAUCAAGCCCUUCUAUAAACACCCUCUUAUUGCCCGCAUCGAGAGAAACUCGGAGUAUGCGACGGUGUAA